AUGGAGCGCGUCCUCCUCGCGGCCGUCUUCCUCACCCUCUUCUCCACCUGCGCCGGCGCCGGCGCCGGCGCCGGCGCCGCUCUCCACCCCGACGUGGAUUUCAUCCGCACCUCCUGCCGCUCCACUCGCUACCCCGCCCUCUGCGAGCACUCCCUCACCGGCUUCGCCGGCGCCGUCCGGCGCAACCCGCGGCAGCUCGCGCAGACCGCCCUCGCCGUGACCAUCUAUCGUGCCCGCUCCGCCUCCACCUUCGUGGGCCACCUGAUGGAUGGCGCCCGGAAGAUACGGUCGCGGGAGGCCGGCGCCGUGCGGGACUGCAUCGAGAACGUGAGCGACAGCGUGGACCGCCUCCGCCGGUCGGUGGCGGAGUUCGGCAGGAUGGGGAAGCCUGGCACGCCGAGUUUCGCGUGGCACCUGAGCAACGUCCAGACAUGGGUUAGCGCCGCCCUCACCGACGAGACCACCUGCCUCGACGGGUUUUCCGGCACCAACGUUGACGCUGCGAUGAAGACCGCCAUCCGGCGGAAGAUCGUCGGUCUUGCGCAGGAGACCAGCAACGCCCUCGCUCUCGUCAACCGGAUCGCCGCCAGGCACUGA